GUCAGCUCCGAGCAGCAUUCCCGGCCGGUAAACACCCGGCUCCGCUCGGCAGCCGACGGGGGCACAGCCACCCACGGGUCCCAAAGCCGGGCAGGCACUGAUGGCGUCUGCCUGCAGGAGAGGGCUGAAGCGGCGUCACCCGCAGCAGACAUGGACACCGUACCCCAAAAACCGCUUCGUGGCACCCGGGAAAUCACAUUGUGGGAGGUUUCAUGCAGAGCCCGAGCCUAAUUCUGCUCAACGUGUUAAUUAAACGUUUACCAGAGGGAAUAUCCUCGGAGAUAUUCACCACCUGAGUGACCAGCACCCUGUGCAGCCCAGCCUGACUUCGAAGCCGGCCCCGUUUUUGAGCUUUGGGGUGGACAGGACGACCUCCAGUGGUCCCUUCCCACCGAAAUGAUCCUUCAUUUUUCUGGAUACGCUCCUAGUAACUGCAGAUGUCGCCCAGCUAGGAAGGGCCGGGAGCGCUUGGGACGGCAGGGUGGGCUCACAAAGCGCUUCUGAUGAAGGCGAGACACGGUCUGAGCUUUCCACGUGGAAUUUAAUACCAAAAAUGACAAGCCGUUGCAGUCGGAGCCGCAAGCUGACACCAGCGGUCAGCUGGGAGGAGUACGACCGGCGGGAUGAUGCAAAAAAGAAACCACGGGGAGCUUGGAUGGCCGAUGAACGGCAAAUUAGCGGCGCCCGCGUUGCUGUGGGAAGCCGAGCGCUGGCGGCAGGAUGUGCUAACCGGAACACUGCCUGUGAAAUACCAGAAGUCAUCGGGGUGCUGGCCCCGUGUCCCCUGACGGAGGAGGUCGUGAAGGAAGGCCUCUCUCUCCUCUGUAAGACCGGCAAUGGCCUGGCCCACGCCUAUGUGAAAUUGGAAGCCAAAUACAAGGGCUUGACAGAUAUCAGCCUCCUCGAAUGUUUCAUUCACCUGCGGUACGUGGAUUUGUCAGAGAACAAGCUGCAAGAUUUGUCUCCGCUGAGUGGCCUAACCCACCUGCUUUGGCUGAAGGUGGAUGGGAACCUGCUUACCAGUGCCUGCAUGCAGGAGCUGCCCUACCUCCAGAUCAUCAGCUUUGCUCACAACCGCAUCAAGGAUAUGGAGGGCAUUACUCACCCCCGCUUAGCCAACCUCAGCCUGAAAGGAAAUAAAAUCCAGACAGCACUGGGCCUGAGUCACGGCCAAUUGUUCAGCCUGCAAAUCCUGGAGCUGCGAGGAAACAUGCUAGAGAGCACAGCAGGGCUCAAUCUUCCCAAGCUCAGGAACCUCUAUCUGGCCCAGAACACCAUUCGGAGCCUUGAAGGCCUUGAGGGACUAGGGCAGCUGGCGGCUCUGCACCUGCGUGACAACCAGCUUGAGACCCUGGAUGGAUUCUGUAGUAGCAUGAAGUGCCUGCAGUACCUCAAUCUACGGAACAAUGAGAUCAGUAACCUUCAGGAGGUGGCAAAACUGCAGGUCCUGCCCAUGCUGCAGGCACUGGUGUUGUUGGACAAUCCGUGCUCUGAUGAACCCAAUUACCGUCUGGAGGUCCUGGUCCUGCUGCCACACCUGCAACGCCUCGACAAGGAAUUAUUUGAGCAAGAUGAGCGGGUGGAGGCAAAUAAAAUCCGUCAGAAAAGGCAGGAAGAAGAAAAGGAAAUGGAAGGAUCUCUCCAGGGUGAUGUGACUGAGUGACCCCUGUUUUUAACACCGGUUCCCAGCGCCAGUCAAGAUUCGGAGAUGCCUUCCCCCGCAUGUGCGGCUGGGAAAGAGAGCUGUGGGUACCAGAGCUACCUUCACCUCAUUUUGCCCCUGGAGAAAAGAGGAGGGCUACGCGCCCUGGUCCUGGAAGCUGCCCUGAUGUGCUGCAGUGUUUUUGCAGUCACUGCACUCAUAUGCUCUAUUCUCAGUAGGCCCGAGGGGGAAAAGGGGAAAGGGAAGAGUUACAGGUUCUGUGGUUCGAUUUACGGCUCCCCAAACCCCUACAAGAUUUUCUGAUUUGAAUGAAAAUAAUUAAUGA